AUGCAAAGACAAAGAGUCCCAAGCCUAAUAUUUUGUGUUGGCUCCUCCGCCAGUUUGACAUCCGCAGUUUCAUAUCAGACCCUCGAUGCUGAAGAUUCAAGGCCAAGCUCCCUUCGUGGCCUUGGCAGAGGCUUUGGCCUCGUGCUGGGCAUGGAUGAUGCCUUGAUGUCCAACACAGCUCCUCGUCUUCCAAAACGUCUGUCUUCGCGGGGCAUGGGUCUUCGGAAGCUCUCUUCUUCGUUUCAUAUUGACCAUCAAGAAUCCAUGAGGAAUGCCACCUUCAGCCCAAAAGCUAGUGGCAAGAAGAAACUGCAUUCCCCGGUCAAUAGAUUCGGCUGUUUUGUACGACCAAUGCUCGGGAGCCCAGCCUUGACCCAGGCAAGCCGCAAGACAAGAACCAGUGAAUGUUCUUCUGAUACCCCAUUAACUGUCCCACAACGGAAGUCGUCCGAACAAAGCUGCAUGUCACCAUUGUCACCGAACAGCCCCCGAACCAUCAAAGCAUUCACAGUGCUCUCUGGCUUGCAAAAUGCAAAGUUUGGUGACCUGCUCAAUACCAGCAGCCACAGUAGUAAAAGCAACAACACCACCCAAAGACUGCCAGCCAGACCUGUGCAAACAAGACGAUUCAACAACAACCAUGUUCGAAUGUAA